AUGGGUAUAUCCGGCCUCAUUCCCAUUCUGAAAUCUAUUCAUGCAAAAGUUCACAUUCGAGAGUACAGUGGACAGUCCAUUGCGGUCGACGGCUACGUGUGGCUCCACAGGGGCGUCUUUUCGUGCGCAAUGGAGCUUGCCAUGGGGAAACCCACAGACAAAUAUAUCCAAUAUUUUAUGCACUAUAUCAAAAUGCUAAAAUUCAACAAGAUCGACCCUAUUAUUGUGUUUGACGGCGGAAAGCUACCCUCUAAGCGCCAUACCGAGGAAGAUCGACAUGCGAAACGCGAAGAGUAUAGGGCAAAAGGCAUGGAAUAUUUACGUGUCGGUGACCGGAAAAAGGCUUUUGAAUGCUUUCAAAAAUGCGUCGAUGUUACGCCUGAAAUGGCAUAUCAAGUCAUAAAGCAAUUGAAGAAAGAAAAUGUGAAAUAUGUUGUUGCUCCGUAUGAAGCAGAUGGUCAAUUGGCUUAUCUUAUGAAAUCUGGCAAAGUGACCGCCGUCAUCACGGAAGAUUCAGAUAUGAUUGUAUUUGGCUGCAAAACCAUCAUCUUCAAACUGGAUAAAUAUGGUGAAGGCAUUGAAAUUAAUUUGGAUAGACUAUCGUCCGUCACCGAUAUCAAUCUGAAAGGCUGGACGACAAGUGACAUUCGACAAAUGUGCAUCCUUUCCGGCUGCGACUAUUUGCCUUCUUUAUCUGGUAUGGGUCUCAAAACCGCCCAUAAACUGUUACAAAAGUACAAAACUGCAGAUAAGGUCAUUCAGUUUAUACGAUUCGAAGGAAAGAUUCCUGUGCCGGUAGAUUACGAACUGGACUUCAACCGUGCUGAGUUUACCUUUCUCUAUCAGAGAGUGUAUGAUGUGGAUAGUGGGGAGAUGAUUCAUUUGACGCCUCUCCCGGAAAGCCUAGACACCAACGACAUGUCAUUCCUGGGUAAGAAACUCGACAAGGAUACGGCCACCAAAGUUGCCCAAGGCAUUGUACAUCCAUGUACGCAUAAACCCAUUGUUGAUAUCCAAUCGCAUGCGAGAUACGAUAACAAGGAAAAUAUACCAGUAAGGAUCUCAGAUUGGUUUCUGUCGCUUAUCGUGUUCUAUGCUUACUUUCUGCAUUCCAAAUUUAACAGCCAAAAUCCAAUGUACUUUCUACACGUAACGGAGAGAAUAACAACCAAGCUUUAG